AUGCCUAACGCCUCGCAAGCGGUGAGACAAGCUACCGCUAUUGACGCCGCAGCAGCCGCUGGCCGACAUCUGGACGCUGCAGCAGCCGCUGGCCGUCGUUCUGACGCCGCAACAGCCGUUGGCCGUCAAUCGGACGUUGUAAACACCCCUCGCGCACUUGACCAGCUGAACCCGCUUCCGCCGAGGGAAAGGUUUCAAGAGGACGUCGCUCGUCGUUUCCCCCCGCAACCGCCGCGACUCCCAAAGCAGAUACCGUUGCAGCCAGCGUUGCAUCUAGCGUUGCAGCCAGCGCAGGGAAGCGCGGUGCCACUGCUGACACGCCAUCACGCGUCGGGUUCGGCUCGAUCUUCCCCACUUACGGCGGGUUUGACGUCACCUCCACUAUCCACGCGACAAUCUUCCCCGUCGCCCGUUCCGAGCGUCACUGCUACCACGACUCCUGCUCCUGCUCCUGCUACUUCGCCCAGCGACAGCGCUACUGCCGCCGCAGCUGCAGCAGACGCGUCGCCGGUUUCACCAUUGACACUCCCAGCUCGCUCCAGCGGCGUUUCUUACUCACCAGCGUCGCCACCUGAACAAACCACCGCUACUACCCACUUCAGUGGCAAUACCGUCCUCUUCAGCGCCCGUACCACGGACUUCACUGGCAUUGUCGCUCGAUCUCCGAACCUCCUACCCGUCGCGCACCGGAGCGACCCUGGUCCAUCCUCGUUAUUGCUAUUUCCGCGUUCACCCGACGCAGCAUCGGCUUCUCUCUCGCUCUCCAGCCACCCCUCUCUCUCUCCCACCAGCAGCCUCAGCACGACCAGCACCACGCUCCCCGCCGUGAUUGGCGCUGCGCUCAGCCCGGCGCCAUACCUUCGAACCACUGCUGCUGACCUUCAACCAGACGUUCCCCCCCACGACAUUCCCCCCGAACUCCCCCCUCCCGACCUUUCCCCCCCCGACCUUCCCAGUGUCGGCUCAGCGGGAAGACCCACUGCUGUCGGCGCGUCAGUGGCGGAGGGAGGGUGGAAUGCGGUGGUAGGGCGGAGUGAGGCGGAAGAAAGGGAGGCGAUGUGGCAGCUGUGCGCGGAAGAGAUGGCGCAUCUGAAAGCGCUGCUGCUGGACGACGGCGGCGGCGGAACGCAAAGCGCGCCGCUGUUGCAGCGCGCCGAGCACGAUGGCUCGCAAAGGACCGUUUCGCGCAGCGACGGCGGCUCGCACGACCCCCACCUGGCUGGGCUGUUUUCAGGAGCCGCAACGGUUCAGGAAAACCCGGACCAGGCAUCCGCACUACAAGCUACCCCACAGCAGCAGCAGCAUCAGGAAGAAGGGCAAGGGCCUCCUCAGGGGAACGACCCCUACCGGUUGUACCUGCUGGCUGAGAUACGGAAAGCGCGUGCGGCCAUGCUUUCUCGUGGCGCUACUACUGCUCCUCUCGGCCACCUACAACAGGAAUACGCGGGUUCACCCGGGGAUCCAACGGUCAACCUCAAUCACUCUGGGGCUGCGGCCCCUGAAAAGGGGGGGACAGCGGCGCGCUUCCACGCGGGAGGUGGAGGCGGGAGCGGGCGGAGCGCGAUGGUCGUGUCCGCGAUGCUGACGCCCUUGGGGAUCGUCGCGCUCUCAACGCAAGCACGCGCCAAUGCCGCUGCUUGUCUGCCGGAAUCUCGUUUGGGGAACGUUGGGAUGAGCGAGGAGGUGGCGGCGAGGGAAGCAACGGAAACGGCGAGGGAAGCGACGAAAGCGGCGAGGGAAGCCGAAGAGCAAGAACUGCGGGAGAUCUGCAGUACGCUGUUCUCAGCAGGAGCGCGGGAAGCGGAUGGUUUCUUACAGGGCGCGCUGGGUGGGGCUGGUGGGAAGGGCGUGGUCAGGGGCAGCUCCGGUUGGGAAGUUUCGGGGUCGCGAUUAGGAGACGCCGCACUCCCGGAACAGCACGCAACAUUGCAGCAUGGAUUUCCGCAGCACAUUAUACCGCAGCAGGCAACACCGAAGCACGCGGCGCCGCACGCAACACCGCAGCAUACACUUAUCCACGACCAAGUCCCACUGCCGAGGACGAUGAUCACAGAGCAGGAGUCGGCGCCAUUGCAGCACAUGCUAGCGGCAACGGCAACUCACGCGGCGGCUUUGGAGGCGCCGCAUGAAGCGGCGCUGACCCCGCAGGAGAUGCUGCUGCUGCGAGACGUGCUGGCAGCACCAGCUCAGGAUCACGAGGCGGCGAGGUGGAUAACCACCAAAUCACCCUUCGACGCGCAGCCGUCGAUGGUCGACGCGGAAUUCCCGCGGGGUGAUUUCAAGCAGCCGCAACGUCGGGCGUCCAAGUCCGAAGGGCAGCGCAGCAGCGGCAUGGCAGGGGAGGGAGAUUUGUUGACGGGAAACGCGUGGGGUGCGCAGCGAGGCGCUGUCCAACACACCGUCGCGAAGCUUGGAGCCGUGGUGGCUGGGUCGUCGGACUACGGUCUCGCAGCACCCGCAGAAACCGCAGCAGCAGCCGCCGCAGCAGCUGCAGCUGCCGCAGCAGCAGGCGCUCAGCUCUCCUUCAACCGAUAUUGCAGCAGCAGCAGCAGCAGAGGCGGUGGCAGUGCUGGGGGCGGUACAACUAGAGCCACGUCAUGGUGGCCUCGUACCACUGCUGUCGGCGCGAGCGGUCCUACCGUGACCUCCGUUGGUGUCUCUAGUGUCGGUGCUGCUUGUAUCGGUGCGAGUGGGAACACUUCAGCUCUCCCUUUAAUUCGGCCUGCAGCGGACGCGUCACAACCGAUGCCCACGAAGUUCGACCGGGCAAGUGUCGACCCACGCCCAAUGCCGGACCCCGUGCCGGCAGUAACCUUUACGCUAGAGGAACAGAACCUGCGUUACCACAGUCGUGAUUCGUCGCAAGACUUCGGCGGGGAACGAAGAAUCGGUGAUGCAGGGGCCUGGUCGCUCUGGGUUGGAGAGCAGCCAGGUUGGAACGCUGGAGAUAUGGAUUCAGUUCGCAUCGACGGAUUUCCUGGAUUCUCUCCCCGGCCGGCCGCGCCGGCGUGGGAUGGGCUGCGCUGUCUGGUGUGCGGCUCGGCGCUUGGCGAGGAGAACACGACGGCGGCUAGGGUGUUGCCAGAGGACCUGCGCGUUCCUUUUGAGCGAUACGGCCCGAUCAAGGAUGUCUACUUACCAAAGGACUACCACACAGGAGAACCACGUGGAUUCGGAUUUGUUCAGUUCGUGAACAUGGCGGAUGCGGAGGACGCGCAGUACGAGCUGGAUCGGACCAACUUCAAUGGCAGGGAGAUCACGGUCGUCUUCGCGGAGGAGAAUCGCAAGAAGCCUGACGAGAUGCGCACCAGGGAGCGAUACAGCUCUAGGGACCGUCCAUCCUUCGGUAGACGCCGUGGCUAUUUUGCAUAUCUCUCCCUUUCUUCGUCCGCCACCCUUUCCGUGCCUGACCCUCGUUUUCCUUUCCGCUCCUCGCAUCUGUUCCCUCCCUAUCAGCACGAUCACGCUCGCGCUCCCCUCCAGGCCGACGUUCCUUCUCGCCUCCUCCUCGCCGCCGCUCGCGCUCCCCUCCCCCUCGACGCAGCGGCCCUCCGCGCAGAUCGCCCAGCUAUUCCAAUGAAGAUCGGGAUCGCAGCUACAGCCGCUCGCCCUCACCCCGUGGCCGUGGCCGUGGGCGCUCCCCUCCUCUGCCUCGCAAUGGCAGCGCCGGCGCUCCACCUAGGGGCCGGAGUGGUAGUGCUGGUGGAGCUGCAGCAGGUGGUGAAGGUGGGCCUAGCAGGCCUUAAUGCUGGAGAAAAUUGA